AUGGAUCCAACCAAGCUCAGCCUUUCCUCAAAGGCACCGCAUGUAAACGGUGUGGGAAAUAAUUCACUGAUGGAAGAAGCAUCAGUGCCGUGGCGAGACGGUGUGGACAUGGAGAGGCAGAGGGACACAGAAACCAGAGAGCCAGACGUUGUUGAUGGGACGACAGCAGCUGCAGAGACAAACCAUCACCACAGGGGGUCAGCAGACAAACACAAGUUCAAUACGUUGGGCUAUCAGAGGCGGACCAAGCAGAAGGUUGUGACUGACUUUGCGACAGUGACUAAGGGAUCAUCUGCAGGAGCCAAACCCAGAGGUGCACUGAGACAGGUCCUGUUCAGCCAGGGAGUGUCUGAGAAGUCUGAGGAGCGAGGUCAGCUGGAGGUGUUGAAGCAGGGUCUGGGGGCCUACGCUUUGCCGGCUAAUCUAAAGUGGAGGUGGAAGGAGGAAAGUCAGGGAACCACGCUGGAAAAUAACUGGACCGAUAUAGUGCACGCUCAUUCAACGAUGUCGAAGAUGCAGAGACACCAACAGGAGGCGCUGUGGGAGUUUGUCCACACUGAGCUCACCUACAUCAACAAGCUCAUUGUCAUCAAAGAUUUGGUUAUUGCAGCUCUAGUCAACCUGCACCAGCAUGGAUUUCUCCUGGAGGUGACCCCUGAGCUGCUUUUCUCCAACCUUCCCUCCAUCCUCACAGCACACCAGCUGUUCUGGCAGGAGGUGAUUUAUCCCAUGUUACAGGAAGUCCGGAGGACAGGCAAUCCCUUUGACCCCAUGAUGUUAGAGGCCGGUUGCCUGCAGUUCCCCAAGCGCUUCUUUUCAUAUCAGAAUUACUGUUGGGAGGAGGAAAACAAUCUGGAGUUCACACGCAGGCACAUUGAGAGCAACCCACAUUUCCUCGCUUACGUUCAGUGGGUGGAGACUCACCCUCAGUGUGAGCGGAUGCGGCUCGGGGACAUGCAGGCCAAACCCCAUCAGAGGAUCACAAAGUACCCUCUGCUGCUCAAGGCCAUGCUGAAAACUACCCAAGAUCCUCAUGUACAGCACACACUCAGAGGCAUGUUAUCCAGUGUAAACAGUUUUUUGGAGAGCAUCAAUAACUACCUGAAGCUAAAAGAUGAGGAACUCGCUCUCACCAUCUCUGCUCAGAGGGUGGAGGGAUACGAAGUGGAGGGAAUAAAUGAAGACAUUGACAAGCAUGUCCAAAUGAUCUGCCAGUUUGACCUAACAUGCCCCAUCAGCGGAGUAGGUCCAAACGUUGUUCGAAAGCUCCUGCUGGAGGAAAACUUGAAGAUUCGGGGGAGGAAAGACAGCAAGCUGGAGGUGGUGGCUCUACUUUUCUCAGAUGUGCUUCUAAUGACCAAGGUCCAGAAGAAAGGAGAGCGGCUGAAGGUAGUUCGACCUCCUCUGGCCCUUGACAGAACAUAUUGCAUAGCACUGAAAGAUGGCUGUUCCUUUGUUCUUGUGGAGGUAGGUGAGCUUCAGAGUGUUAUGAAUGUCUACAUAUUUGCAGCCAGCACCUCAGAGAGCUGCUCCACAUGGGUCUCCACCAUCAACCAGGCGAAGGAAAAACUGAGAAAUCUGAGACAGGCAGAGAGCAACAGACAACUGGAAAACUGGAAAACCCAGCAGCUUGAGGCCAAACCGGUCACAGAAGCCAAGAUGGAUGAUAUGGAGAGAGAAGAACAACUUCUUACGCAAUCAAGACAAGAGACUUUUGUGGAUGAACUUACACAGGAAUUUAUUAUCCCCCGAUCAAUAAAUGGGAUCCCAUCAACAAUGGCCGUAAAUUAG